AUGGUGCAUUGGCCAGGUCGACGUGGACGUCGACGUGGACGCGGACGUGGACGUGGACGUGGACGUGGUCGUGGACGCGGACGUGGACGUGGACAUGGACGUAGACAUGGUCGUGGACGUGGACAUGGACGUGGACGUGGACGCGGACGUGGACGUGGGCGUGGACGUGGAGGACGUGGACGUGGAGGACUUGGACGUGGACGUGGACGUGGACGUGGACGUGGACGUGGAGAACUUGGACGUGGACAUGGACGUGAACGUGGACCUGGACGUGGACAUGGACGUGGACGUGGACGUGGACGUGGACGUGGACGUGGAGGUGGACGUGGACGUGGAGGUGGACGUGGAGUGGACGUGGACGUGGACGUGGACGUGGACAUGGACGUGGACGUGGACGUGGACGUGGACGUGGACGUGGACAUGGACGUGGACGUAGACGUAGACGUGGACGUGGACGUGGACAUGGACGUGGACGUGGACGUGGACGUGGAGGACGUGGACGUGGACGUGGACGAGGACGUGGACGUGGACGUGGAGAACUUGGACGUGGACAUGGACGUGAACGUGGACGUGGACGUGGACGUGGAGGACUUGGACGUGGACAUGGACGUGGACGUGGAGUGGACGUGGACGUGGACGUGGACUGGACGUGGAGUGGACGUGGACGUGGACGUGGACGUGGACGUGGACGUGGAGAACUUGGACGUAGACAUGGACGUGAACGUGGACGUGGAUAUGGACGUGGAGGACUUGGACGUGGACAUGGACGUGGACGUGGACGUGGACAUGGACGUGGACGUGGACGUGGACGUGGACGUGGACGUGGACGUGGACAUGGACGUGGACGUGGACAUGGACGUGGACGUGGACGUGGACGUGGACGUGGACGUGGACGUGGACAUGGGCGUGGACAUGGACGUGGACGUGGACGUGGACGACUUGGACGUGGACAUGGACGUGGACGUGGACGUGGACAUGGACGUGGACGUGGACGUGGACGUGGACGUGGACGUGGACAUGGACCUGGACAUGGACGUGGACGUGGACGUGGACAUGGACGUGGACGUGGACGCGGACAUGGUCGUGGACGUGGACGUGGACGUGGACGUGGACAUGGACGUGGACGUGGACAAGACGUGGACGUGGACAUGGACGUGGACGUGGAGAACUUGGACGUGGACAUGGACGUGA